UGCCAAACAUUUUCCUUGAUCAAAUACCCUUUAAUGAAUGCAUUGAUUCACCAUUAUUAUACAUUACACUGCUCAACACAAGGCCUAAUCUCAAAGCCAGAGAGAUGGCUGCUACCCUGAAAAUCUCAAGAACUAACGCUCUCUUUCUCUCUCCUCCCCAACUUGUAGGACUUCUCUUCUCCACCACCACCACCUCCACCUCCACCUCCUGGUACAGCCCACCACCACCUCAUCACCACCACAACCACCAAGAACAAGACCCAACCUCCUGGUACAGCCCACCACCACCUCAUCACCACCACAACCACCAAGAACAAGACCCAAUCCUUGCAACCCUUUCUCAGGCUAUCAAAAACGCCCCAUCAAACCCUCUCGAUUCCUCUCUCAAGAAGCUAAUCCCUUCCCUCACUUCCCGUCACAUAAUCAAUCUGAUCAACACCAACCCACACUCUCUCGACCCACCCUCUCUCCUCUCCUUCUUCAAAUGGUUAUCUUCUCAACCCCAUUUCCGCCACACCGUCCACUCUUACUGCACCAUGACCCACUUCCUCAGUGCCCAUCAAAUGUACUCACAAGCACAGGACCUUAUCCAAUUCGUCGUCAAUCGAAAGGGGAAGGACUCGGCUGCUUCGGUUUUCGCCUCAAUUCUCGAAACCAGAGGUACCCAUCACUCCAAUUUUGUUUUCGAUGCUCUUAUGAAUGCUUACAUUGAUUGUGGCUUUAUCUCUGAUGCGAUUCAGUGCUUUCGGUUGGUUCGAAAGCAUCGAAUUCGCAUCCCAUUUCAACCUUGUGGCCGUCUUCUUGACCUGUUGAUGAAGUCGAAUUCGCCGUCAGCCUCGUGGGCGUUUUAUUCUGAGAUUUUGGCUUGUGGGUUUCCUCCAAAUGUGUACAAUUUUAACAUUUUGAUGCAUAGUUUGUGUAAAGAUGGUAAAAUUAAGGAAGCCCAAUUGAUUUUUGAUGAAAUUGGGAAAUGGGGUUUGAGGCCUAGUGUUGUUAGUUUCAAUACUUUGAUAAAUGGGUAUUGUAAAUUGGGUAAUUUGGAGGAAGGGUUCAGGUUGAAGAGGGUUAUGGAGGAGAGUAAUGUUGCUCCUGAUGUCUUUACUUUUAGUGUUUUGAUCAAUGGCUUGUGUAAGGAUAGUAGGUUAGAUGAUGCAAACCGAUUGUUUGAUGAAAUGUGCGAGAGAGGGUUGGUUCCAAACGAUGUUACUUUCACUACUUUAAUCAAUGGGCACUGCAGGAAUGGGAGGAUUGGUUUGGCUAUGGAAAUUUAUCAGCAAAUGUUGAGGAGCGGUGUGAAACUUGAUUUAAUUGUGUACAAUACACUUAUCAAUGGCCUUUGCAAGAAUGGGGAGCUGCAGGAUGCAAGGAACCUCGUUGAUGAGAUGACUGGGAGGGGUUUGAAGCCUGACAAGAUCACAUUCACUACACUUAUUGAUGGAUUUUGCAAAGAGGGAGAUUUGGAUUCGGCUUUAGAAACAAGGAAGGAAAUGGUUAAGGAAGGCAUUGAGCUUGAUAAUGUGGCUUUCACAGCCCUAAUUUCAGGGCUCUGUAGAGAGGGACGAGUUAUCGAUGCGGAAAGAACAUUGAGGGAGAUGUUGAGAAGGGGUAUCAGACCCGACGAUGCCACAUUUACUAUGAUCAUUGACGGGUUCUGUAAGAAGGGGGACGUUAAAAUGGGUUUCAGGUUGCUAAAGGAGAUGCAGAGUGAUGGAUAUGUACCUGGUGUUGUAACCUAUAAUGUGCUUAUGAAUGGGCUAUGCAAGCAAGGACAGAUGAAAAAUGCUAAUAUGCUCUUGGAUGCUAUGCUUAAUCUUGGGGUGGUUCCUGAUGAUAUUACAUACAACAUCUUGCUGGAAGGGCAUAGCAAGCAUGGAAACCCUGAGGAUUUUGAUAAACUACGCAGUGAGAAAGGGCUUGUUCUUGAUUAUGCUUCUUAUAGUUCAUUACUUGGUAAGAUUUGAUAAUAUCUCGAAAAGAUCAUUACAAGACAUGACCAUGGUGUUUCUACAACAGUAAAAGCCCCAAGUGUGUUGGCUUGUCUGCCUAAUGAAUUCAAACCUUGAAAAUGAGUUUAUGGAGACUUCAUUAGCUUUGAUCUUCUAUCUCUCUCUCUUUCUCUGAAAAUUGACCUCAACUGCUGAAAGAGUUUAAGCUUGUAUAAGAAUGUUUUAGCAAAACCUCCAUUUGUGAUUCUUGCUGCAUCUUAUGAAAUGAGGAUCCCAUUAAAGUAACUUCAUCUCUGGAUUACCUUUAGUUUGGAGAGGAAGUUUGCUGAGGCUUUAGUUAAUUUAACUCGUUCUUUCUAUUUGCUAUUACGACCUUGGGGUAAUACACUGAGGCUGAGAGUUCAAGCUAGUAUAUGGAUGUUGUGAACUGGGUAUUCACACUGUCCAGAAGAAUUUUAUUGCAUUUCAUGUACACGAGGAUCUUGGCUCUUCAGAGGACAAGUCACUGUUGGCCAGAGUGUUGGUGGACAUUGAACCAGAGUGAAUGCAGAUGAUGCCAUGUGCAUAAUGGUCAUUUACAGGUUAUGAUUGAAAGGGAUAUUAGGAUAUUUCUAAAGUUGGUCAAGGAGAUACAAAAUAUUGGAACCAAUAAAUGUGCUUAUGACCGAAUAGACACGAUGCUAUCAAAUGAAAUGACCCAAUGGAAGCUAAACUGAAGUUUAGAAAAGGGCAAGAUGUAUGCAAUACAUACUUUAGGAUAUGCUUUUGGAAUAUGGAAACAGAAUGUUAUACCGGGAAGGCAUUGCAAGUGUUGAAACCUAACAAAUACUGGUAACUUAUAAUAAAAUGAGCAAAAUGGCUUAAUCA